AUGGUGGGACUAGCUCAACCAAUGCCUAAGAGAAGAUUAAGUUUAGGUGACAAGAAGCCAGCUCGACCGACAGCUCGAUCGAGCCAGAAACAAAGGGAACUCACUUUAAGAAAUAACAAGUUUAAGAUGUUGAGAGGUGAAGGAAGCAUCGCAAGAAGGAGGAGUAACAAGAGGUGCAAGGAGAAUGCUAAAGGAAUGAGCAAGGAGGAUGUGGAAGAGAUUGAGAGGUUAAGGGAGGAAAGAAGGACCAAGAGAAGGAAUGAUCCCAUCAGCAGUGAGAGCGAAUUGGGAGAAUUCGAGAUUGGGGUGAAUGUUGCAAGAAGAGGAAGAGUGAUGCUCUCAAAGUGA